GUUUCGUACGGACGCCCAGCUGGUUGACAAGCGGACCUCUACCUGGGUGUUAGGCUCUCCACCUUCUCGGCAUAGAAACACGCACACAACACACGAACCCAUACAGCAGUCCAUAAGCCAUGCUGAAUGGUCGUUGUGGUGAUCCUGCCUCUGCAUGGCUCAGGUGGCGUCAGAGGUCCAAGGUAGCUCAUGAGGUAGACGGUGGCAUCUAUUGCCAAGACCAAGACGGGCCAGAUCCUUACACAUCCAUUACCUGGAGAAGUUGGGUGGUGGACCCUGCUGAGCACUUCUAUUACAUUUGGCUGCAGCUCAUGAUUCCGCCCGUGGUCUACAAUUGGGUCGUCAUCAUCCUCAGGACAUGUUUUCCCUCCAUCGCCCUGGGCUACCUGGCAGUGUGGCUCACCCUGGACUACGCAUGCGAUCUGAUGUACGCCGCCGACAUGAUCAUCGCUGUACGUUCGGGCUACUUGGAGCAGGGCAUCCUGAUAAAAGACACAAGUCGACUGAAGAGUCGCUACCUCCACUCCAAGCGUUUCUUCCGCGACUUGGUGUCCCUGCUCCCUACCGAUUUGUUCUACCUGGUGUUCGGCACCCAGGCAACCACAGUGAGGAUCAACCGUUUGCUUCGCACACCGCGACUGAGCGAGGCACUGGACCGCAUGGAGACCAGGACCUCAUAUCCCAACACCUUCCGCAUCACCAAGCUAAUGAUCUACAUCUUCGUGUUAAUCCAUUGGAAUGCCUGCCUGUACUUCGCACUUUCCAACUAUAUCGGCUUCGGGAGUGAUGGCUGGGUUUACCCCAACAUCUCCAACCCAGUGUUUGCAUCUACCCGCCGCCAGUACUUCUACUGCUUCUGGUUCUCAGCACAGAUUUUCACCACUGUUGGAGACACGCCGCUGCCCAGUCGGGAAGAGGCGUUCCUGUUCAUGAUAGCAGACCUGCUCAUCGCUGUUCUGGUGUUCGCGUCCAUCGUGGGCAAUGUGGGCAACGUCAUCACCAGCCUGAGGGACCGCGAUAAUGUCUUUUUUCCCAAUCAUGAGUUGGUAAAGGGCUACCUGCGCAGUCACUACAUCAGCAAAGAGCUGCGUCAGCGCAUUGACAACUGGUACCAGCACCUGCACAUAAACAAGAAGAUCAUGCGUGAGAAUGAGAUUCUGCAGCAACUACCAGUCCACCUCAGGACCGAAAUAGCAGUCAGCGUACACCUACCAACCCUCUCUAAGGUUACCAUCUUCCAGAGCUGUGAGAAAAGCCUCCUGGAGGAGCUGGUACUCAAACUCAUGCCACAGGUAUUCAGUCCAGGGGAGUACGUGUGCAGGAAGGGUGAUGUGGGCCAUGAGAUGUACAUCAUCAAAGAAGGCAAACUGGCCGUGGUGGCAGACGAUGGCGUCACUGAAUUUGCUGUGCUCAGUGCGGGAAACUUCUUUGGAGAAAUCAGCAUUCUCAACAUCAAAGGCAACAAGUCGGGCAAUCGGCGCACCGCCAACAUCCGAAGCAUUGGCUACUCGGACCUGUUCAGCCUCUCCAAAGAAGACCUGACGGACGUACUGUCUGAGUACCCGGUGGCCAAGCGCCACUUGGAGGAGAAGGGCCGCCAGAUUCUCACCAAGAUGGGCAUGCUGGAUGACGGUGGGGCAACAGAAGGAGGCAUGACACAGAAAGUGGAGACCAAGAUUGUCAGGCUAGAGGGCAUCUUGGAUGCUCUGCAAACCAAACUGGCUCGCCUCAUGGCAGAGGCCGAGUCCAGCAACCGCAAGAUGGAGGCCCGUGUAGCUCUCCUGGAGUUGGAGCUGGAGCCCCGCUAUGGUGUCACAGAGGGAGACCAUCAUGAGGAAGCAGAAUGGCGAGGGAAAGGUGUCGAGGAGGAGGCUAUGAGUGAACAAGAGGAGGCUGAAGGUAAAGAGGAAAAAGAUGAACGCCAAGGAAGUGGCAAGAUGGACGACAAAGAUGAUGGCAAGAGGUCCAAGAGCACCAAGGACAAUAUGGAAAUGGCAAUGAUGGAUGACGAAAAGAAUGAAACCCGCUGAUGCUUUUAUCUUGCUUGUUAUUUCAAUCAAAUAUUGAACACUUCACCACUUCACACACUCUUCUAAUACAUGCAAUCUUAGACAUUACUGUUACUAGGUAGUCUUUCGGGAUCAGGCAGCUCUUUUCUUACUUACCUAAAAAAUCUGAUCACAAUUCCUGACAACGUGAUGCACCUUGAGACCACAAACAUGUUACUGGUGGAACAGCAGACGGCCAAAAUAACAACUGGUACCGUUUGGCCAAAAGACAGCGCAAGCUCUGCACAGUGGCGCACCUGUAGACCAUUUGCCUCAGAGUUCUGAGGACCGGGAUUUAAAUUCCACCCUCCCCCUCUGUGAAGUUUGCAUGUUCUCCCCGUGCCUGGGUGGGUUUUCUCCGGGCACUCCGGUUUCCUCUCACAUCCCUAAAAACAUGCAGUAAAUGGAGACCCGAAACUGCCCCUAGGUGUGAUUGUGGGUCCGACUGUUUUCUGUCUUUGUGUUCCCUGCGAUUGGCUGGAAACCAGUUCAGGGUGUACCCUCCCUCCUGCCCGAUGACAAAUGGAAUUGGCUCCAGCACUCCCGAAACCCUCGUGAGGAUAAGAGGCUCAGAAAAUGGAUGGAUGGAUGGAUAUAUGUUUAUUAUAAUUUUGGCUUCCAGCUCAUAAAACCCACAAAAGCAGGCAUUCAAAAAUUGUCCAUCAUGCACAUCCACUACACAGCAACAUUUCUACCCAGAGGACCAGCUUCAAUGAAGACUGCUGUCUCGACCCUUCUCCACUAAUCCACAACUCUAGUCUCCACCAUUGAGGGAAAAGACAUGCUAGGAGGCAUACUCUCUCCAUCGUGUCCUUGGUCAUCCCUAAACCCUCCUUCCACUAUGAUGUGCUUGCAAUACUCCGAGGCAUCCUAACUAGAUAUUUGAUCCUCCUCAUCUGGUUCCUUUUGAUCCAGUCGAACACCGGCUCAACUCUGAGCCACUUUCAGAUGAUCAAGCUUCUCAACCUUACUGUUUAUUGGAACAGUGAAUUUUUCUUGUGGAUGUAGUAUCCAACUUUGAAUUGAGUAUAAGGUAUGAUAUAAAGGCAAAUAUAAAAUUAGAAUACUCUGAAUACAUUUUUCAGACCAUAAAUGUUGUAAACUGUGUAACAUACUAAGCAGGAUUAACCCUGAAGCAGUUGCCAUGCCGACUGAAGUAACUACUUCAGCGGUGCACAGACACCAGUAGCCAGUGGGUGGAAGAGCUCCAUUCUCCUCCCACACGUGGCCAAACCACCUCCCCGCCCGAUCCACCUGAUGGCGAUGAAGAACGCCGCAGCUGUGGAGCGACGACAACGCCGCGGCUGUGCACAUCAACACAUUUAGCAACCGUGACUUACGUAUUUUAUUAAGUUAUUAUAGCACGGAUCAUUUGUUACGUUCUGAAAGAAGGAUUACGUUGUUCCCCCCGACUUUUUUUUUUUAAAUAGCUCUAUUCACGCCUACCUGUCAUUUCGAAACCACGAAGCUCUCGUCCUUUGCACCUAUGCAAUCCAUUUUUCACGACAAAAUGGGUCUUUUGGAAACAUGUGAAGAGUGAAUCCAUCCUCCUGAGUGUUCAAGCAAUAUCCAGCAAUACAACGAGACGACAUUUUGGCUAACACGCAGGAAAAAACAGCUACUUUCCCGCUAGUAAAACUGGUUUAAACACACAAACACGUCAGUGUGGGCUUCCUGAAAAAAAAACCGUCACUUCCUGCUUCUUCUCCAAAACGGAUGCCUCGAGAGGAUUUUAUUGGCGGGAGAUACAAAAAUCCAUAUACAAAUACAUCAUGACGUGUGGUGA